AUGGCAACGGUAGCAGCCUCGGAGAGGGUUCCCCAUCUAGAGCCGAUCUCCAAUGAAGCGCGGGAGAGCGAGCAGUUCGUCGGCUUCAUCAACCAUUAUCCGAGCGGGCCUUGGGGCGCCAAAUGCUUCGCCUGCCGCCUCCUUUCGCCGCCGCCGUUCGUACGAGAGACAUGGAGCUGGUACAACAACAACCCCGAGAUCACAGCCUAUGGCGUCGGCGGCGGCGGCUCGCACGUCUGCAUCUCCGUUCAGGGUGUUGGCACCUAUUGCCUGGACACAGCAGACCACAGGUGGAGCCAAGUUGGAAAAUGGACGCUGCCCUUCCAUGGCAAGGUUGAGUACGUGCCUGAGCUCAAGCUCUGGUUUGGCCUCUCCGGCGAUUCCCGGCACUUGGCUGCUGCUGACCUCUCUGACAUGGAUUCCCAGCCACAGCUAGUGGGCGGCCCUUGGAAGGAGCUUGAUCCACCAGAUGCAUGGAAGGAAUGCAAGGAUCCUCAGUUUGUCAGCCUGGGUUCUGGCAGGUUCUGCAUUGCAAGGUUCUUCCAACAAGCUGCAGGCUCUGCUGGUGAUCAAGCGAUCAAUGAAAAUGUCGUUGCUGUCUUUACUGGUCUUGAGGUCAAUAGCAGUGGCACUGCAGGGAAAGUGGAACUGCAAAUGGCCCCUCACAGAUCAAGACGUGUCAACAACACUAGCAUCGAGACAUUGUUUUAAAAUAAAUAAUUUUGGUGCUUAAUUUGCUCUUCAGGCUCACUGUUUUAAGUAUCCAUUAUCUA